GACAACAAGCUACCAAACUGCUCUCAAUGCACACGGCUGAACAAGAAGUGUCCUGGGUCGACCGAAGGCCUUAUUUUCAUCCAUAGUGUAGAUGAGUCUCAGUCACAACAGCAGCGGCAGCUCGUUCGCCCGGUUCGGGGCCAUCAAGUAAGAGGCUGCCUCAUCACCUGAAAAGAGCGUGUGCUGAUGAAUCCAAUACAAAGCGGACAAAUAUGUGCACAAUCCCGCCUAGUAUCAGCAGUAGCGCACAUGAAGUGGUGUCUCGCCUUGCCGUCGAAAUCGGAUCGUACCAUUUAUCACCGUGGACGCCUCAUCCAUGGUUCUUGUCGAUUCCUCGAUUGUCACUCUCGGCGGACUUUCAAUCGCGAAUGUUGCUACCCUUCCAAGCCAUGAAAGUGGCUUUUAGAGCCCUUCCAGAGAAUGAUGCCUCGUUGAAAGCCGCGGCGUAUAAAUAUUACUCCAGCGGCUUGGAGCGUCAUCAGGCCCAACUCCACCAGCUUGUUCCAUGGCAGAGACAUCAACACCUGGCUUCCAUUCUAAAUCUUCUUCUCAUGUCAAUGGCACUUUUGGAAUUCGAGAUGAUGGCGCCUCUCGCUACCGAUUCCUGGUUCCCUCAUGCUUAUGGCGCUCUAGGCCUCUUGGAACAGGUUGGACCUCAAGGCUGUCAGGAAUCGCCGUUUUUCGAGAUAUUCUGGCAGCUACGGUUUUUUAUGUCCCACGUGACACUAUCUACUCGCAAGAUGUCAUUCCUCGGGUCUCAGACCUGGAUGGAGAUGCCCUUUUUGCAUCGUGAGAAAACCGAAUUCGACCAUGUCAUCGACACACUUCUUUUAGAAGACAAUCAGACGAUUAAAGGGGAGACUUUGGGCCAUGAGACUAUCGAGCAGCGGAAAAUUAGCGGCGUAAACCUGGGUCACGGCCAAGGAGCAACUUUCAAUUUUGCCCGUCCUGACCACAUUGCUGAUUUUGAACGCAUAGUCCGAGUUCUUGUGAACGUACGAGAACUCGUGUCAGCAAGUGCAUCAGGUUCCGAUCUCAAGAGGCAAGAAUCUCUGUCGACAGCUAUCCUUGCAGAUUCCAAGCAUUUGAUGAACCAACCUUUCCUACCAUUCAACGUUGGGUUGCAAGUUACUGCUGCGGCGAGCUUGGUCGCUCAAUAUGCGACCAAUUCCAUGCAAAAACAAGAGGCGGCACAGUUAUAUGAUGACUGGCGUGGACGGUUCGUUUUAAUAGGAUGAUCAGUGGCAGUGUCGUUUCAUGAAAAAUAGCCUGGAAGGCAGCUGCAAGUUACGUGGGCCUAUAAGCCGCUGUGUUAACGUUCACAUUGUUUGGUGACAACAUGGCAGUUUGGAAGAU